UAAAUUGACGGAGGGAGUAAUAAUACAGUAGUUCUUAAUAAAUAGUUUAGGAAAAGGAAAUAUCCAACGGGUUGAUUCGGUAGACUAUUAUACUCUCCACCGGCGCCAACUCUCCACCGGCGACGUACGAAUCUCUUUAUCGGCCGUAAUCGACCGGUAUUAAGGGUAAGCAAGAGAGUAAUUUCCGUUCUCUGAUAGUGUGUCUUAUUUGGGAGUUGGAAUCAGUGUAAGUUUUGUGGAUUUUUGAUGGCUCUGAAGUUUCUGAAUAAGAAGGGAUGGCACACGGGGAGUCUUCGAAACAUUGAAAAUGUAUGGAAAGCAGAGCAGAAGCAUGACGCCGAACAGAGGAAGUUGGAGGAGCUCCGCAAGCAGAUCCAGGAAGAGCGUGAGCGCAGUGAAUUUCGCCAACUCCAGGAACAAGCUGGCUUGGUUACCAGGCAAGAGAGGCUGGAAUUUCUUUAUGAUUCUGGAUUAGCUGUUGGAAAGGGAAGUUCUAGUGGGUUUGAAUCUUUGUCCAAGCCGGCUGAACCUGUAACAGCUGCUGUAGCUGCUGCUGAUUCCAGUUCUUCUGCCAAACCGCAAGCAUCGGUGCCAGGAGCUCUAUUUGAGGACAAGUCACAAUCUUCCAAUGAUGCUUGGAGGAAACUCCAUUCUGAUCCCUUGCUUAUGAUUCGUCAGCGAGAGCAAGAAGCCCUUGCGCGUGUGAAGAACAACCCUGUCCAGAUGGCCAUGAUUCGUAAAUCUGUUGAAACAAUGAAAAAUAAGGAUAAGAUGCAUGAUGAGAAAGAGAAGGAUGAACGCAGACAUAAACAUCGAGACAAGAAAUCAAAGCCUCAUCAUUCGAAGUCAAAGCAUUUGAAGAAUUCACCUAGACAAACCUCUGAUGCAGAUGAAUACUUGAGUGAAGAUGAUUCUAGGAGAAAGAGAGAGUCUCGCAAGGACAAGAAGAUUAAUGAUCAGAAAGCUUCUAUCGUACGAGAUCCUCAAGGAGGCAAUGAUUUUUACAAAGAAAAAACUAAGAUUAGGAAUGAUAAUGAAGCUGUAAAACAUGAGAGGCAUGCAAGAUCUGAUCUGCCAAGGCAAGAAUCCCAUCGUAACUCUCGUGAGCAUACAAGGUCUGAUAUACCAAGGCAUGAAUCCCAUCGUAACUCUCGUGAGCAUACAAGGUCUGAUAUACCAAGGCAUGAAUCCCAUCGUAACUCUCAUGAGCAGACAAGAUCUGAUAUACCAAGGGACGAAUCCCAUCGUAACUCUCGUGAGCAGACAAGAUCUGAUCCUCCAAGGCACGAGUCGCGUCAUAACUCUCGCAAGCCUGUUAGGCUCUCUGAAGAAGAGAGAGCUGCCCGUCUACGGGAGAUGCAGAAAGAUGCUGAGGUCCAUGAGGAGCAAAGAUGGAAAAGACUCAAGAAGGCAGAUGAAAAUGAUGCUAAGGAAGCUGUACAUGCUGGCUCGUCUGGUGGUAGGAAUUUUCUGGAUGCUGCUCAAAGAAGUGUUUAUGGUGCUGGAAAGGGAGGAAGCUCCACAAUUGAGGAAAGUGUUCGUCGCCGAACACACUAUUCACAGAGAGCAGAAGCUUCAGAAGGCAAUGCUUUUCGGCGAUAAAAUGGAUGAAAAAAUUAAUGAAGUUCCUGCUGAGUUUUUCCAUAAUGAAUCACUUUAUGUAAUCCAAAUGUAUUUCAUUUUGAUCACACUGUUCUAUUAUCAUACUGAGCGAUUAUUGUGGGAUCAAGGUCAGAUUAAGUAUGCUGGUGUUCAUCUUGCCACAAAUAUACUUGGUGUAACUGAAAUCGUGAACUUGUUAUGUGCAAAAAAAAUGUUUUUAAGGUGGCUGGCUUAUUACUUGA